CACAGCCGACACGAACGAAUUAAUUAACGCCGAAGCGAGACACACAGCUGACUUCAGGAGUUGUUAUGCUACUGAAGUGGUCUAGGGAUGCCCACAGAGAAAUAUGACCCGCCUGAUUUCAGGCGGAUGUACACUAUCAUGUCCAGUGAGGAGGCAAACAGUGGGAAAAAAUCCAUCUGGGAUGGGCUUGAAAUAAUUGGUAAUGUUCGGAGUCUCAGCUCGGGCCUUUGGUCGCUCACUCACCUCACUGCUCUGCAUCUCAGUGACAACUCCCUGUCACGCAUCCCACCUGAAAUUGCCAAGCUGCACAACCUUGUGUUCUUGGACCUGUCAUCCAAUAAGAUCAGGAGCCUGCCAGCAGAGCUUGGCAACAUGGUGUCUCUCAGGUGAG